UCUACAUAGUACUGAGAUUGGUUCUACCUAGCAGUCUAAAUGCAAUAAUCAGAGGGAGGUUUCUUGUUUCUUAGGAAUUCGUGAAAAAAAACAGGCGGUCUUUCUCGUAGCCUCCCCCCCGACAGGUGUUGAAGAUGGUUCUGUCCUCGUUGCCUGGUUGCUAGGCGACGUUCCAAGCCUGCAGUAACUCAUCCCAAAAAGGGAGGGGGAUCAGAAAUGGCCAGGCUUUCCCCUCAAAGUACAACUUUCCCCUUAACGGCUAAUAUCCAUGAACAGAAGGUUAUUUUUGUGAUCUGUGCCUCGGAAAGAAUGCCCUCCAAAACUACUAUCCUAAAAGAACUUCUCAUAAAAACUCUCUUCUCGCUGAUCAGCAGGCCAAGAGAUUGCAUGUUCAGCAUCAUCUGCUGUGCCACUGCCAACAAGGUUCUAAAAUGGCAAAACACUUUGGGGAAAUGUUCCCUUGCUAGUGUUGCUGAAGCAGCUGCCUGGAUUCGAGCCCUGGAGUGUGUGAGCGGGGCCAGUGUUGUGAGUGGUGUGGAAGCAGCUUUGGAAGACCCCAGUUGUCAGGCUGUGUAUCUCUUCACCGGUGGGCUGCCCGAGUGUACUGCAGAGGAAAUCUGUCUCCUCCUGAAAAAGACAGGGCGAGUCCGCCCCCUGCACACAGUAUACUUGCUAGGAAAUGGAGGGGAAAAUAAAAACCGCUUUCAAGAAAUAUUGGAGAAAAUAGCCAAGGAGUCUGGAGGUUCUUUUCAAAGGAUCAGCUUCAGCCCUGAAGAAUGUGAAGAUCAGAUUAAUCCUGGAGGCAUGACGAGCAUUCACCAUCCUGAUUGCAUUGGCUGGUCCUCUCUGCCGGCAAGUCAUCACACAGCCAAGUGUUCUCCUUUGGGUAUAUGGAGCCUGGAUUCCCCCCACACCCCGCUUUUCAACUCUACAAAGGAGGACUUCAUAGCCUGUCACCCAAUGAUUGACAGCUUGCAAAGAGGGGUUCGAGUGCUAGCCAGAAAAAAGACAGAUGGGUAUUUCUAUCUAGGUCACAUUGCCCAACAUGUGAAGGGCUCCAAAGGACAUGUUCUAAUCAUGUUCAAGAGAGCCAGGAAAUCUCCUAAAGGUAAGGCUGAGUUUCGCAUGCAAGAAACGCCACUUUACGAUGUCAUCCAUCACGAGGACGGCAGGUGGCAGCCAGUGGCUCCAGGAGACAGAGUCCUGGCUCCGUGGGAGAAGAAAGGCAACCGAUACGGCCCAGGCACUGUCCUUCAGAUCACAGAGACUGGAUUGGCUCAUUCAGCUUUUAAAAACAGUGAAGUGCUGGUCAGUUUCUGGAAUGGUAAGACUAAGAAAGUGCCUAUGGAUAUCGUUGUAAGGAUCCCUCUUCCUGUGAGCGAACGCAUCAUCCUUGAACUCCAGAUGCCGUUAGCAGCCAGGCAGAUGCUGGUGGAGCAGAACCCACAUUAUCCGUACACUGUGCCACCUGGUUAUCGAGCGUCAGGACCUUGCAGGCAGAGCCGUUUGGAUUGCAUUUGUUGGAGGGACGUUUCAAAGGGCCCACAUGUCAGCACUACCUGCUGUUCUGCCCAGGUGCCCCCUUGGUGUUUCUGCUCCCCAGCGUGGGAACAUGUUUGGCCCACAGUCACUUCGAUGCAGCCAGAAGAUACCUUGAUUCCAGGAACAAAUAUGACCAAAGAAGAACUGAAUAGGAAGAUAGAAGAGCAGCUGUCAAGGGGGAAACUGCCAGUGUGGAAAACUAGUGAGAAGAGCGGGAAGCUGAAAGAAAAAAAGAAUGUGGUGGACGUAACAGCCCAUAAAGAGUCGGAGAGCGAAGUUACAACACAGACCCGGCAGAAGGAGAGUGCUUCAGAAGAUCUGCCAGAGGAAGAUCUGAGAGAAGGCACCAGUACCACUGUUGACAUAGCUGUCAACACAGACAAGUGCGUUCCUUGGCAGGAACAGAAAGUAUAUCCUCAACCCAACGUGACUGAAACGUCAGCCCAGCCUUUCUACCAGAGCCCUCGUGUUGCACCCCUUCCCCAAGUCCACGCUAUAAUUGGUUGGGCUGACCAGUCACUAAAGGAAGACAGUUCAGCUAUUGAAUCAGUUUUGCCCAUGAGGAGGAGCCACAGUGCACCAGCCGUACAGAGAUUAACAGUGAAAACAGCAUCUCCAGAUAGUGCAAGAGAAGCAGUGAGGAUAGAGUUCAGACGUCAGAAGCGGGAGCAGAGACAGCUCAAGGAGGAGCAGGAGCGGCAGGAGGAACGCAUCCGAAAAGAUCUGCUGCGUGAUAAGAAAAGGCACAGAUCACUCCAGCAAAGCUUGCAAGGCUCACAAAAGCAGCAGGAGAACAGCGAAAGAGCCUGGCAGCACUUCAGGCAGCUGCAGGUCGCCACAGCAGAGAGAAGGAGGCAAGAGUCCUGCUUGCGGGAGGAGGAGGAGAACAAAGAGAGUCAAAGGCUGGAGUUCCUAAAGGCGCAGCGCAAGCACAGAGACCAGCAACUGGCAGAACACAAUCAAAGAGUUGCUGACCAGGAGAGCAAAAGGCUGGAGCUGCUCAAGAACAGAAUGCAAUCCGUGAAAAAGAAUUUGGAAGCCGCAGGGCAGGAAGAGGGCGCCAAGGAGAAGGAGACGGUGACUGCCAAAUUGCGAGACCUCCAAAAGCGAGAGUUGAUGUCCCAGCGGGUAGAAAAGAAGAGACAGGAAACUCAGGAUCUCCAACGGUAUGUCAGGGAGCAGAGCCUCCUGAUGCUGCGGGCCUCUCUGCUAUCAUAAAGUCUUCCAUUUCAGCAAAUGAACCUUUGGAAGAUGGAUCUGGAAAUAUUCAUAUGUAACAUUCAGCCUCCUGCUGGGGAUGGGGAAACAGUCCACUGAGGCUGUGGGUGAUCAUAGAAUCAUAAAGUUGGAAGAGACCUCAAGAGCCAUCGAGUCCAACCCCCUGCAAAGCAGGAACACACAAUCAAAGCACUCCUGACAGAUGGUCAUCAAGGACAAAAUCUGGUAACCUGGUAGGAGGGGGGCAGGAGCACAAAAUAUUUUCCAUGACACUGAAGUAGCUCUCAUUAAAGAAAAAGAUUGUUGACCCCUGCUCUAACCCAAUAGUUCCUCCUGCAACUUACACCAUCUCUCCAAGGUUUCUGGCAGACAUGGUGCUCCCCAACAGCCUUUCCCUGGAACUUCAGUACAUGACCAGAGGAAGCUGCCUCGUACUGACUAUUGGUCCACCAGGUUUGGUAUUGUCUCCUUAGACUGGCAGCACAUCUCUGGGAUCUCAGAUGGUGGUGUUGCACAUCACCUCCUACCUACUCCUUCAAUCUGGAGUUUCUGAUGCUCGAACCUAGGACUUCUGGAUGCAAAGCAGGUGCUUUUCCAUUGAGCUGUGCCCCCCACAGGCUUACCAUGAGCCAGCUCACUGAUCCAUCCAGCCCCAUUGUCUACUCUGACUAGCAAUGCUUCUCAGGGCAAAGAUUUCCCCAUUCUGCUACAGAGAGCCUUUCAACGAGAUUCCAGGGAUUGAUCCUGUGCCUUCCCUGAGCAAAGCAUGUGCUCUUCUGUUCAUAUACCUUCAUUUUGCAGUGAACAUAGCGUAAGAAGAGCCCUAAUGGAUCAGACUAGUGGUUCAUCUAGUUCGGCAUCCUGUCUUACACAAUGGCCAGCUAGUUCUUCUGGCGAUCUAACAAGAAGAGGAGGAGUUUGGAUUUAUACCCCGCUUUCUCUCCUGAAAGGAGUGGCUUACAAGCUCCUUUCCCUUCCUCUCCCCACAACAG